AUGGCGACAGAAGGCAACAUUCAGAUACUCGUCCAGACCGAACUCCAAGAGGACUACACUGUUCAGGCCCCCUUGGGAAUAUCUGGCGAGCCCACGUCCGGCCUUGCACUCAACACGGAUCGCAAUGGGCGACUCAACGUCUUCUACAUCACCAACAACAAAAUCAUGAAUGCUACUCAAGUUCUUGAACCAGACGGCAACACUGCUCAGACUUGGACCGUCGAAGAUACCGGAUUUCCAACUACCGUUGUUCCCCAGUACGUUCGCGCCAUCUUGCUACCUUCCGGAUACGACUUCGUUGUAGCUCUUGGUAACGACCACAACGUGUAUACGUUAUCGACUACCGCUCGUUACCCUGUUUGGUCUGCUGUGAAGAAGUCCAAUUCGUCAUGGAAGCCCUCGACCCUUUCGCCGCUCAUCACGAACGAUGGGACUCUCCUCAUUGCCGCCCUAAUGUCUGACGGCAAGGUUUUUAAAAUUAACCCUGUUAAAGGCACCUGGAGCCAGGAUGCCUCCGUCAAAAUUGCCAGUUCCUCGGUCAUCGAACUAGAAGUCUCGGGGCUUUUUGGUGGGCUACGGGACGACUCGACAUUUGGCUAUCUGCUGAGCGGCAAGGUCCUCGACGAGUCCAAUUCGUUCUCAUCUGGUCUCGCUAUCGUCACUAGUUGUGGAAAAUUACCUACUGUGAGGAACAUUGCCUCUGGUACAUUUAACUCGUUGGCACAUGUCUCGAUCGACAAGACGACCUCAACACCGCUUAUCUUUGCUAUUGACCAGUACCACCGCGCGACCUAUUUCAAAGCAGAUGGAAGGGGAGGAUAUGCAUCUAUUUAUCCUCUGGGUGAGACUGUCAAGGUCACUCAGCUGGACGCUGUGCUCCGCAAGGGAGUCAACGUCGAAAACCAAUCUAUGGUAUGGAUCGAGGUACUUGCGAUGGACACUUCUGGAAACCUGUGGCACGUGGAAUCCGCCCCGUCUGCCGAUACUCCUCCUUCUCCGUCUAUGGUGAUAUCCUCCAUCACCCAAGCGACAAAUGGGGAUUUUAUUGUUACAAAAUGGCGGUCCCCUGCUAUCAUCUCAUCCGCUGCCAUAACAGGCUUUGCUCUGAGUGACUCAGGGCAAGGAUUUUCCUACCUUGUUGCGACGUCGACGUCUUCCCAGAGCACUGUCUUGACCUCUAUUGUGCAAGAUCCUACGACUUCUGACUGGACCACAACCCGAUUGGCAGAAAGUAGCAUGCAGGUUGGAGAUGUUGUGCGGAGGUCCGUGUAUUAUAUUGAAGUGACAUGCAGGGACGAGAAUCAGAUUCAGAUGCCAGGGCUUUCGGCCAUUGUCAGCGCAAUUGAGUAUGCAGAUGUUGAUAUCAACGGUGUUACGACCACACUCGAUGGGUUGCGGUCUCACUCGACACUCACCAAUCCACAAGGGAAAAUAUGCAUCACCACCCCCGUUGAUAACGAGUUAGGAUGUCCAACGUUUACCAUCUGGGUGGAGGGCAUGAACGCUGAACAUCACGUUGACGUCCAACCUUCAGGCAACAUCCAGGCGCAACUCGCCAGCAUUACGUCGGACGAACUCAAGAAUGCACAAGAUCAGACCGAUGGUUCUUACCUCUUCGCGGAUCUCACGGAUACACAGCGUUCCGACCUAGCUACGUCGCUGAACAAGACCAUGCAGGUCUUCUCUAAUACUCCGCUGGUUGUCCCCUCGACCUCGCUGUCGCGAAGGUACAUGCACGGCAAGACAAACGCUGCCGUUGCACGCACACGCAUGAAGCGCGACAGGUCACUCGCGCGUAUCCACCACAACCGUUCGCAUGUCGCCCUGCACGUUUCGUUCCGAUCUGGUUUCUCCGUCAAUGUUGUGUCCCAUGAAGAGGCUGCGAAAUUGGCUGCUACCAUUCGAGCGUCGGGACUUCCCAGUCUCGAUUUAUCGUGGGGCGACUUGUGGGAAAGUGUAAAAAAUGGCUUCUCGACCAUCAGUUCGACCAUUGUGGAUCCCGUUGGUAAUGCCGUGGAUGCUACAGUCACUUUCUGGAAGGAUACUGUAGAGUACCUUUGGACUGGGGCUGCGACGUUCGUCAAGCAGGGUUUUGAUUUGGUCAGCGCAUUGUUCGGAAAGUUCAAAUGCGGUUUCAACAAGCUCUUAAACUGGUUGGGGUAUAUCUUCAACUGGGAUGAUAUUAAGCAGACAGCAGCAGCAUUCAGGCAGAAGUUCGUCGCGCUGAUCGAGAAUGGAAAGGAUUGCGUCAACAACCAGCUGCCCUCCCUGAUCGAUCCUUUCUUCCUCAAAGCGAAGGCCUAUCUUCAGGACAAUUAUGACUCUGUUGUCACGGAGACGUCCACAACGACUCUGGAUCCCAAAGCAUCUGGUACAUCUACCGAUGCAAUAGAUGAUCUUCCCUCGUCGGCUACGUGGCUAUUCAACAAGGUUAUAAAUGCUCCAAAUGGGGGCUCAGGAGGUUCCUUAUCCCCGAGCUUUCUGGGGUUGGAGUCAUUGUUCGAGGUAUGGCAGACUUUCUUGAAAAAGAUGCUGGAUACUGGUAUCUCGGACGACUUCAAGAAGGCCCUCGAAAGCGUGGUUGAAUUCUUUAAGACACUGAAUAGCCGUGAUAUCAUUGAAGGGCAGACUAUUGCUGCACUUCUCAAGGUUUGCAAGAAUGCCCUCGUAUUGCUCAUUGAUUAUGCGCAAGGUCUUGUUGAUACAGCGUUGACUGUCGUGUCUCAAGUCCUGGAUAUAAUACUUCGGGUAUUCGAUACUCCCAUUGAGAUGCCAAUCCUGUCGGCCAUCUUUCAUGCCUUGGGUUGGGAGGACUUCACUCUCUGGACUAUCGUGUGCACUCCAAUAGCUAUACCCUUCACCAUCGCGUACAAAGUUCUGACCGGUGCUGCCCCCUUUCAAACUCAGAACGAGGAUGGUCUGUAUAUUCUCCACGCGAAAGCCAAGAGCAGGAGCCUCGGAGACUAUGUUACGCUAUCUCAGGGGAUCAUCGCGGCAUUAUAUAUCUUCGUAGAUGGGUCACUCGACUUGAUAAACCUCAUCAGGAGUAGAGAGGCUCCUGGUGCUGUUGCAUUCGAGUAUCCUGCUGAGCGCAUGCUGAACGGGUAUGCGGUUGGAAUCCCGCUUCUGCAGUUCUCACUCUCUCUGUACCCACUCCUUGACCCCGCCCCGGAUGAUCCAGCAUACAGGCGUACUGUUGUUGGUUGGGUCAUGGCUCUGUUCUUCAACGCAUACAAUUCCUUUAUCACGUGUGGGAGCAACCUUCGCUGCACCGCCAGAGUUGUACCCCCCUUUUACCAGCCCGUUGGACUGACGCUCCUCGGCGGCUUUGCCGGAUGGGCCUCCCCGUUCAUGCAUCUUGUGAAUAUGAUUGCCGGCUCUGAGCCCAAUAAUACAUCUACUAGAGCGUCUCUCGCUGGGGAGUGGCUCCUUCCCCUCUCAUGUUGGGGAAAGUCACUCAUCAUGAUCCAGGACCCCUAUCUUAUCGCUGCGGCGACCCAACUCAUCUUGGACUACGUGGCAGGAUAUGGGGCGUUUGCUUCCUGGGUAUACUCGUUCCAGCAGGCGGGGUAG